AUGGUUCGUAGAGUAGGCCUGCUUAAGGCACAUAAUACUGCAACUGAGCUUCGUCAUAUUUCUCGAUAUGCAACGCUCAAAGAAUUUUGGCUAGACUAUGGGACCAAUGCCAUGCUGAAAGAAGGGCCUCAUAGUAACAGGGCUGCCUCUAACAUCAAGUUUCACGAGCCUGUCAGAGGAAAGGUUAUCUUCACUUCGCCUAAAUGUAAAGAUGUUAAGCUGGAGACAUUUAUGAAAGUAUCAAGGCCUCGAGAGUUUCGAAGACCCAAUAACUCAAUGUACAGAUCAAAAAUGUUUGGAACCACCACAGCUAUGGGACAAAGGCCUGACGGUCGUAUCAAGCUUCAGGGAUAUUGUACCCAGUCAUCGAUAAGACUGUGGCCGCCCUUUGAAAAUACCGCAAGCGCUCUAGCUCAGAAGGCACUGAAAACUCUCCAACUUAAACAUUUCCUUUCUGCACCUCCCGAUGAAGGUCAUGCCUCUACCUGA